AUGUUAUCUCAUAAGAGACAUAUCCUACCUCAUGUCAUAAAAUUCACUCCCAAGAGACCUUCAUUUGGGAAGCAGCAGAAUCUUUAUGGAUUCGACCUGGAUCAUACCAUCAUCAAACCUAAAGGUACCAAUAGCAGGUUUAGUCGAAAUGCUGAUGAUUGGGAGUUUAUAAGUUUCAAUGAAGGUACCAAGACCAUAGACAAGUUAAUUGAGAUUGUUAAAGAAGAUGUUGAUGCUCAAAUUUUGAUAUUUUCCAAUCAGGGUGGUGUCAUUUCACUACCCAAUACCUCCAAGAGCUGUGUUAAAUUUGUCACCAAGAUUGAAAAUAUACUUAAAGCCAUAGGCACUCUGCCUGAAGGUGAAAUGCUUUUGAGCAAAGUAUGGAUUUAUGCAUCUACUAAGAAGCCUGCUUCUUUAUUUGGUUCUACCAAGAAGGGAUCUCAAUCCAAAUCUGUAGUGGACGUCAAGAAGAACAGCAAAGUCAGUAAACCAUUUGGAAUUAAACCAGCGACAGUUGCCAAUGGUGUUGGAUCAAUAACACCUGAAGUAUUUGAUGAAAUGAGGAAGCCAAGAAUUGGGAUGUUUAAUGAAUUUAUGAGUGAAUUCAAAAGUGAAGAGACUGAUAUUAUCAAGUACAAUUGGAAAUAUUACUGUGGAGAUGCAGGUGGUAGAAAGAAUGAUUUCAGUGAUUCAGAUAAAGUAUUUGCUGCCAACCUCGAGGUCGAGUUUAAAUUACCAGAGGAGAUAUUUAUCUGA